AUGCUGUCCACUCUGCCUCCCAACGCGGAUCAUUUCUCCAACAAGUCGUCCGGCGACGGCGAUGGAGGCUCUGGUGGCUUCUCGGCCUCCCAGAUUGCUGCCCAGCGCUCGCUCAAGUCGUCGAUCCAAGAGCUCACCUCUGGUCAGCACGAUGCCGACGCUUCGCUGCUGACGCCCUACUCUGAGCUGCCCAAGGAGAUUACCGGCCCCACCGUCUGGGACGCCGCCUCCUACAAGGGAGCAGAAAACGCCGCCAAGUGGGUGCACACCUUCAACGAGCACCAGAUCUCGCAGCUCGAGUCUGCUGCUCAGCUGUGGCUCGAGUCGGGUCGCGAGCUGGGUGAGAUCGAGCGCUCGACCUUCCCUCUGCCCUCUGACCUCGUCGCCACCCUCACGGAGCUGCGCCAGCGCCUGAUCACGGGUCACGGGUUCUACCUCUUCAAAGGCCUCCCCACCAAGCGAUGGGGCAACCGUCUGUCCGCUAUCGCCUACCUCGGUCUCGGCUCGUACCUCGGCAAUGUCGUCUCGCAGAACCGAUACGGACACAUCCUCGGUCACGUCAAAGACCUCGGUGAGGACCCGACUGCCAUCGACAAGGUUCGCAUCUACCGCACCAACGCGCGUCAGUUCUUCCACACCGACUCCUCCGGUGGCAUUGUCGGCUUGCUCUGUCUGCACAAAGCCGUUGAGGGUGGUGAGUCGGACAUUGUCUCUUCGCACGCUGUGUGGAACCACCUCCAGGCGAACCGACCGGAUGUGGCCGAAUUGCUGGCGAGCAACAUCUGGCACUUUGACCGAAAAGGGGAGGUUUCGACCCUUAACGGCACCCAGAACGGCUGGGUCACCCGCCCCAUCGUCCACCUCCGUCGAGGUCAACCCGCCAACCGCCUCAUCCUCACCUACGAUCCCUACUACCUCAAGUCCAUCCAGCGCCACGUCGAUGCCGGGCUCAUCCCGCAACUGAGCGACAAGCAGAAGGAGGCUAUGCAGGUGUUGGAGGACACCGCGAAGGAGUUGAGCCUGCACAUGGUGUUGGAUGUGGGAGACAUUCAGUUUGUGAGCGAUGUGCAUGUGUUGCAUGCUAGGACGGAGUACAAGGAUCCUGCACCGCCCGCGCCUAGGAGACACCUGUACAGACUCUGGCUCGCCGUUCCGACUGCAGAGGGAGGUUGGGAGAACGCCUACCCCGACAACGGCCUCCAGAGACGUGGCGGUAUUCAGGUGAACGACACAAAGCCCACCUACCCGCUCGACGGCGAAUAG